AUGGAAUGUCACGGAUGGGUGACAACCUUCCUAGGGGCGCCCGAUGAACAUAUUUCAUAUUCACCUAUGGUGUUGAUGGCCGAGGAGAUGAAUACCUUUUAUAUUGAUGCAUCGACAUGGAUUUAUCAUCGAAUGUUCAAUACAUUCACCGUGAUCCACGGACAAUGCGUUGACCCUCAAAGAAGCCACAUUCUGUUGACGUGGAUACUUCUGAAGAAGAUGAACAUCUCCCGCCACCAAAAAAGAAGAGCGCAUGUUCCGUCGGAGAAACCACAUCCAGUUGCAUCUGAAAGAGCAACUGGAUCGUCUAUCGGAGAUGACGAGGCAUAG